CUUUAUGUAUCACCACAAAACCCUAAUUCUUCAAAUUGCUGCUGCGAAGAACUUAGCGAAAGAAUUGUGCUUCCAAUGGUAUAAUCUUUUUCCCUUUUUCACAGGUAACACCAUUUUCAUGGCAAACCCUAAACGCAAUUCUUAUCUCUCGUCGCAGGAUUACUUGAAAACUGUUGCCCCGACUCAGAUUUUGUCUGAACGUGGAGCUAAUCUCGUUGUCAUCAACCUUGGGUCUGCAAAUGUAAGAGUAGGAUUGGCUAUGGAUGAGAAACCUUUCAAUGUCCCUAAUUGUAUUGCUAGAUACAUGACACAAACUGGGAAACCAACUGUUGUUGAUCAGAUGCUUAACACUCAGGUUACUACGAAUCAACAUGUUGACCGUGAGAGAGCUUAUAAUACUGCGGCAUCGCUGUUGAAGAUACCGUUCCUGGAUGAAACUUCUUCUUCUGGCUCUGCAUCACGCAAGAUGGGGAGGAUUGACGGAUUCAAUCAAGCGAGUACGACAAAGAAAGAUGCAGUCUUUACUUGGACUGAUGUGUAUGGGGAUGAGCAUAUCUCUCUUGCUUCAUCAGAAACUUCUGCUGAUAAAGGUGAGGCAAGUGUAUCUAAAGCUGUUCCUGAUUUUACUGACUCUAAAGAUACUAGUGAGAGUAAGUGCAAGUACAGGAAGACGAUUUUUGGUGAAGAAGCUUUGACAAUAUCGCCAAAAGAGCCAUAUUGUUUAUACCAUCCUAUUCGGAGAGGUCACUUCAAUGUUUCGCCACAUUAUUCAGCGCAACGGGUUUGUGAGGACUUGACUGCUAUCUUGGACUGGAUUUUGUUAGAGAAACUUCAUAUAACUCACAGAGAGAGAAACUCGUUUCAUGCUGUUAUUGUUGUCCCGGAAACAUUUGACACCCGCGAAAUAAAGGAAAUGCUUACUGUUGUAUUGGGAGAGCUACACUUUAACUCAGCAGUUGUCCACCAAGAAGGUCUAUCCGCCGUUUUUGGGAAUGGUUUGUCAACAGCUUGUAUUGUAAAUAUAGGAGCCCAGACAAGUACAGUUGUUUGUGUCGAGGAUGGAGUCUCAUUGCCAAAUACUGAAAAGAUUUUACCUUUUGGAGGAGAGGAUAUAUGUAGAUGCCUUCUAUGGAUUCAGAGGCAUUACCAGAAGUGGCCACAAAUCCACACAGAUGUUUUGGCAAAGCCAAUCGAUAUGCUGAUGCUUAAUCAACUUAAGGAGUCAUUUUGUGAAAUUAGAGCAGGAGAACUUGAAACUGUUGCAACUGUUCAUUCUUAUGAAGAAGGCAUGCCAGCUGUGCCUCACAAGACAAAUCUCACCUCACUUAACGUUCCACCGAUGGGUCUGUUUUAUCCUAACCUUCUGGUCCCUGAAGUGUUUCCCCAGGCACCACGUCAAUGGUUCCAAGACCACGAGAAUAUGCUGGAAGACACUUGGAACAUGGACUUUGGAGGUGGUGGUAACAUGGGAUUACCAAUGUGGGAUAGUUUUGCAUUUUCCCCUUCAAAACCAAAGAAAGAAGAGAAGAUUGGUCUCGCUGAAGCCAUUACAAGCAGCAUUCUCUCUGCUGGACGCAUAGACCUUAGGCGAAAGCUUUUCGCCAGCAUUCAAUUGAUUGGUGGUGCUGGUUUGACUAAAGGUCUUGUAUCAGCUGUGGAAGAAAGAGUACUUCACGCGAUACCUCCAACCGAAGCCAUUGACAUUGUACAGGUUCUGCCAUCAAGAACAGAGCCACCAUUCGUAACUUGGAAAGGAGGAGCGAUAUUGGGAAUUCUGGACUUUGGAAGGGAGGCUUGGAUUGAGAGACCUCAAUGGAUGGAAAAUGGGAUUAAUAUAGGCGGUCUAAAGAAGUACAAAGACUCUUAUCACCUUCAAGGUCAAGCAAUGUACUUCAUCAACCCCUAGUCUCUCUAUAUCUUAAGCUUCUCUGGUUUUUCUCAGAGUAACUUGUAAUUGUCAUAACUCAGACCAAAAACAAAAUUUCUCAUAAUAAAUGUUAUUUUGCUAA